GCUACCUGCGCUUCAUUUGUGAACCGGUUGCGAUCAUUUUCUCAAACUAUUUUCUUCAAACACUUGUUUGGCGGUCUAGCUCAAGUAGCUGGCGAGGAAAGACUAAUAAUAUUUGUAUUUAGUGAUACUAGAGCAGCUCGUAGAGCCAGACGAUUGCUGUGCAUGUCGCAGGUGUCAGCAGGUCCGUGGCGGCGGUCUGCAGAGCGACGAUGACAAUAAUUAUUUGUUGGGAUCUUAGUGUUGAAGUCGACAGCGAAGCUGAAUCGCCCCCGUCCUCACCAGUACCGAAGAGGCACAAGUUGUGGGCGAGUACAUUAGGCGACGAUCUGCCUUACGGCGUUACGUGCCGUUCAGCUCUCAUGAGUGGUCUGACGCAGUCUCGGAAGCGCAGUUUACGAUCAAAUGUGUCACCGCCAGAUUCGAAAGAGUAUGCAAGGGCAACGCCGCCCAGAGCAUCGUGGUGCUUUCCAGGAAGAACUUGGUCUCUGACUUGGAACUGAUGUCGUUGACAUGCUCAAGGCAAGACCCAGUCAAGAGAUCUCGUACCAGCGCGGCCCGUGCAUCAGGGCAACUGGCAACGCAGGGGAACAAAAUCAUGGCCUCUUCAGGACUUUGCUUCGGUAUCCUGAUGGGCUGCUUGCUUCUCUUCAGUCCCCUGUUGCUGAUUGGCUGCAAUGGUCAACCUGUCAGUUUAAUUGCAGAUGGUACAGGACAGCACCCACCAUACACAGUGACAUUUGGUGAUGGACAACCUACAGCCGAUGUUAUCAGUUACUUACCUGGAUGUGUUGUGCUCAGUGGAUCAGGGCCAUGGAUUCGACUGGAGAAGACUGAUGGUAGUCUAGUGUUGGGUGAGACAGGUGCCUUCUCAGGACUUACUAGUGCAACGGUGAACAGCACAGCACAUCCGAUACUGGACACGUCAUACACUGGCCUGUACCAUUGCAGAACAGUGGAUCACAACUCUCGCCAGACAUAUCAACUCAACAUUGUAGAACUGUGCCCUGAUCUAGUAUCAGCGCACUUCAAUUACCAACCCAUAGCAAGUUUCAGCAGGGCGAUUGGUACGCAUAUCGAAAUCAUGUGCCAAGGAGGGUAUCUUCCGAGCAAUGGUCUGGCUAUCACCAACUCUAUAUGCCAGAUUGGCGGAGUCUGGUACCCAAGUCCACCAGGAUGUGAAAAAGUCUCACCAACAAGUCCCGAUACUGACGUCACAGCAACGCCUAAAGCAACAUCAUUGAUACAGCCCGCAGAAUUGACAGCAACGGUGAGCUCUGCAUCAUCUGAACCAAGAGUAAACUCCAAUGCUGAUAAUUCCACAGCGGAAGGCUUGCCGCUUGGCACAGCCAUUGGUAUUGGAAGUGUGUGUAGUGUCAUCGGAGUAGCUGUGUCAUCAUGGUGCAUCUCUUUACUGAGGAGACAUUGCAGAGAAAAGGCCGGCGACGCCAGCAGCAGUGCAUCAGCAGCAGCCGGUAGCAGUGCACCAGCAGCAGCCGGCAGCAGUGGACCUGACGCUAAAAACAGUAAUGUCAUUUUGAUUGGCAAUAUCAGGAUCGAGCAGAGCUGUAUUAGCGACAGUACACACGGAUGACCGGAGCACAUGGAUUUGAGAUCCCAACAGCAUUGAUGUGGCCUCGGGCAAGCAUGUCAUAAACUAGGCCACGGUUCUUCUCGCUGACGUGCUCACCUGUACAAGACUUCUUCAUCGUAACUGGAAGGUUUACUGGUAUCGCCAUGCUGCCCUGUGUCUGUGCAUCAUGACUAUCAGCCUACGCACGCGCACACAAACACACACACACACACACACACGAACACACAUGCGCCUGCACGCACCCACCCACACACGAACACACACGCGCCUGCACGCACCCACCCACACACCCUCGAACACACACACGCACGCGCACACAUAAACAUGCACGAACACACAUGUGCGCGCACGCACAUACACUCGCAUGCGGCCACAAACACCCACCCACGCGCGUGUUGCGUGCUAUUCUCCCCACUGUUAAUGUUGCUGUGCAUAAUUGAGCGUCGCAGCUUCCGAAGUACCUGUGCAAAUUCUUCGGCAGGUGAUGCUCAAUCCGCACGUAGUUCGACACAC